CGUUGGCACUCCUCCCACUGGGGCGACCAUGUCGGGGGUCACAGCGCUACUGCGAAAAACUAGAGAAUAUGUGAAGACCAAGGAGUUCCGGGAUUACAUAACCAGCACCCACUUCUGGGGUCCUGUGGCCAACUGGGGCCUUCCGAUGGCCGCCUUCAAGGAUAUGAAGGCGCCUCCUGACAUCAUCAGCGGCCGCAUGACGAUGGCGCUCAUCUUCUACUCCAUGGCUUUCAUGCGCUUUGCCUACCGGGUCCAGCCUCGAAAUUACCUGCUGAUGGCGUGCCAUUUCACCAACGUGGUGGCGCAGAGCAUGCAGGCCAGCCGUUACAUGAUGCACCACUAUGGUGGUGGGAUCAAGGCCGGAAACCCUCCAGCCAAAUAAGCUUGAUGACUGGGGAUGGGAGGGAUAGCCUGACCCAGACUUUGCCGCUUGCAAGCCCUGGACUCCAUUCCUCCUAAAGAAAGGCCAAGGAAAACUUUGGUUUGGACCCUAAAACAGUGUAAACCCGAUUUAAAUAAAAACCUGCACUUUGGUUAAUUAAAAA